GGGUAGGGGCGUUCGUCUUCAACUGAAGGCGCGCACGCACGCACAUGCCAACAUAUAUAGAAGGGGGGGGUGGCCGAUGAAACUUCAAAGUCUCCCUAAGGUGGAAUGUCGGGCUCCUUCUCCGGACCUGCGUUCCAGUCACUCCAAUCAGGACCAGAUCGCAAACUUUCAGCCCCAACUCGAACAGGCUCUGUGAAGUUUUUUUUCUUAACUUUUUUUUUUUUGGAGGGGGGAACGACGUUAACUAGGGAUCUGCCAUCUAAAUAAAAGACACGCGGCUUGCAGAAGGGGCUGGGGAGGCAGCCAGCGCUCCGAAGGACCGAGACGAGCCCGUGAGACGAUGAGGCCCCGCGGGGAUGGAGCGGUCAGCGGGCACGGCGCCUUCUCUCUCAGGCUGCAGGACGGCGGGGAGCCCGGUCCUCUGAGGCCCCACUAAAGCCUGCGUCCGGACAGCGCGGCGGGGCGGGCUCUGGGCGGCCCGUCCGUUGAUGUUGUGGGGCGGGGAGGAGGACUGAGAGCAGCGUCCGGCGCGGGCCAAGCGGAGAGGAGCCGGGGGGAGGGCGGGAGCGGCCAUGAGGCCGAAGACGUUCCCCGCCACCCCGUACGCGGGCAACACGCGGCAGCGCCUGCAGGAGAUCAAGGAGGGCCUGAAGCAGCCGGCCAAGCUGGUGAGCCAGGCGCUGCAGGGGGGCCGCGGCGCCGAGGGCGGCCGGCCGCCGCCGCAGCAGCACCACCCCCGCGCGCCCCAGAAGUUCGGCAACUACCAGACCGCCCUGCGCGAGAUCCGGCGGUCGCUACUGCCCUUCGCCAACGACUCGGGCUCCUCGCCAGGCCCGGAGGUCAACCGGCAGAUGCUGCAGGAGCUCGUCAACGCCGGGUGCGACCAGGAGAUGGCCGUGCGGGCCCUGAAGCAGACGGGCAGCAGGAGCAUCGAAGCCGCCCUGGAGUUCAUCAGUAAGAUGGGCUACCUGGACCCGCGCACCGAGCAGAUCGUGCGCGUCAUCAAGCAGACUUCACCAGGUGAGGGGGCCUUCGGGGGUGGACUGGAAUGCUGCUUUUUUGCCCGGGCUGCAUGUGACCAAACCAGAGUGAGCUCUGAGCCGCGGCCGGGGGUCCGGCAAACCCCUCCCUCAGGCCGCUGGGAGAGCGGCGUGUCUUUCUUGUUUGUGCUCGGGGGGAGUGUCCUGGAAAGGGAACAGAGAGGCACCAGCCGGCCGUCCCGGGCCAGCCUCAACCUGGACCUGUACGAGCACCACUGGGCGGGCGAGGGGGCGGCCCGGCAGCCGCCGCCCCCGGGCCCCUACAGGGGGGAGGUGCACGCCCCCAGCCGCACCAACUCCUUCAACAGCCCGCAGAAGGUCAGCGUAGCCGUCCGGCCAGAGCCCCCCCUGGGGCCCCCCAGCACCAUCACCGCCGUCACCUCCGCGCCCGUCCAGCAGCCCGUGAAGAGCAUCCCGGUCAUGUGGCCGGAGCCGCGCACCGCGGUGGGGCCCUGUCACCCCGGCUGGCUGGCCGCGCAGGCGCCGGAGGCCGCCGAGGCUUGCCCCUAUGCCGCGGGCGAGGCCUACGCCCCUGGGCCGCGGUGCCCCCCUCCGCCGUACCCCAAGACCCUGCUGCUGCACGGCGCCCCCGAGCCGCCGGAAGGGAAGGGCCCGAGCGGUCAGGCGGAGGAGGGCAGCAGCGGGGCGCUCGCCGGCGACAAGGCCAAGACGGGCCGGGCCGAGAAGAGCGUCAAGGACAAGAAGCAGAUCCAGACGUCGCCGGUGCCGGUGCGCAAGAACGCCAGAGACGAGGAGAAGAGGGAGUCCCGGAUAAAGAGCUACUCCCCCUUCGCCUUCAAGUUCUACAUGGAGCAACACGUGGAGAACGUCAUGAAGACCUACCAGCAGAAGCUGAACAGGAGGAUGCAGCUGGAGCAAGAGAUGGCCAAGGCCGGCCUGUCGGAGGCCGAGCAAGAGCAGAUGAGGAAGAUGCUCUACCAGAAGGAGUCCAACUACAACCGCCUGAAGCGCGCCAAGAUGGACAAGUCGAUGUUCGUCAAGAUCAAGACCCUGGGCAUCGGCGCCUUCGGCGAGGUCUGCCUGACGCGCAAGGUGGACACCAACGCGCUGUACGCCAUGAAGACGCUGCGCAAGAAGGACGUGCUGAACAGGAACCAGGUGGCUCACGUCAAGGCGGAGAGGGACAUCCUGGCCGAGGCGGACAACGAGUGGGUGGUGCGGCUCUACUACUCCUUCCAGGACCGAGACAACCUCUACUUCGUCAUGGACUACAUCCCGGGCGGGGACAUGAUGAGCCUGCUGAUCCGCCUGGGCGUCUUCCCGGAGCCGCUGGCCCGCUUCUACAUCGCCGAGCUGACGCUGGCCAUCGAGAGCGUGCACAAGAUGGGCUUCAUCCACCGCGACAUCAAGCCCGACAACAUCCUCAUCGACCUGGACGGCCACAUCAAGCUCACCGACUUCGGCCUCUGCACGGGCUUCCGCUGGACGCACAACUCCAAGUACUACCAGAAAGGGAGCCACAUCAGGCAGGACAGCAUGGAGCCCAGUGACCUGUGGGACGAGCUGUCCGGCUGCCGCUGCGGAGACCGGCUGCUGACCCUGGAGCAGCGGGCGGCCCGGCAGCACCAGCGCUGCCUGGCCCACUCCCUGGUGGGCACCCCCAACUACAUCGCCCCGGAGGUGCUGCUGCGCAAGGGUUACACACAGCUGUGCGACUGGUGGAGUGUGGGUGUCAUCCUGUUUGAAAUGCUGGUGGGCCAGCCUCCGUUCCUGGCCCCUACUCCGACAGAGACCCAGAUGAAGGUGAUCAACUGGACCAGCACGCUGCAGAUCCCGCCGCAGGCGAAGCUGAGCCCCGAGGCGGCGGACAUCAUCGGCCGGCUGUGCUGCGCGGCGGAGGAGCGGCUGGGGGGGAACGGGGCGAGCGAGAUCAAGGCCCACCCCUUCCUCGAGCAGAUGGACUUCUCCAGCAGCCUGCGCACCCAGCCCGCGCCCUACCUGCCCAGGGUCCGCCACCCCAUGGACACCUCCAACUUUUUCGACCCCGUGGAGGAGGGCGGCGCCGGCGCCCGGGGCGACAGCGCGGGCAGCGCCAGGGCCGGGGACGCGCCGGGGUCCCCCCACAGCAAGCACCCCGAGCACGCCUUCUACGAGUUCACCUUCCGCCGCUUCUUCGACGACAACGGCUGCCCCUUCCGCUACCCCAAGCCCGCGGACGGUCUCCCCGGCGGCGCGGGCGCGGAGGAGCAGGCGGAGGGCUGCGAGCCCGUCUACGUGUGAGGGCGGCUGAGCGGCGGGACGCAGCGGGACGCCGGCGGUCGGCAUGACGCCUUCGCGGGGCUCGGAGGAACGGCUCCUCCGAUGGCCUCGCUCUCUCCAGAACAGCCCCCUGAGGCCCGGCUGGGCGACCCGACUCCACGACUGGCGGAAGCACCUGGCUCCUCCGGGCGAAACGUUCGCGAUGGGCGAAUUCAGGCCUGGUCUUCGUCCGCCUUUGUGGCCGGUGAAAUCUUACGUGUUUUUUUUUUGGGUUCAUUUCCAGUUUUACAACCUCAUCAUACAAAGAUGGUCACGACGUGCACUUUUUUAAAAAGGUUUUAGAAAGCAGAGAGUUUAGCCGGUGAACCGUGACGCACUAUGAAGCGUCUGGCAGUACGAACGGAGCUGCACAACAUGAUGGUCAAUGAUGUAAAACGAUCGUCCAUGGUUUGAGUAUCGGGCUGCUGGACAAUAACUACAUUUAAUCUUUUAGUCUCAAUGAACUUAGAUGUAAGCCAUUCUGAUUUCAAAAGUCAGGGGUGAAAGCAGACGGGGAUUCAGAGCACAGAGUGAAUGAGCUGCUGUAUCAGGCCUGCUGGUCCAGGGGCCAUCAAGACUGCUUUCAAGGCACUAAAGCAAAAACAAAACAGUAGUCUCUCCAUCGCACAGCGGUAUCGACAAUCUCAUACUUAACGGCUCGCUGUGAAACAAGUGGAAAAACUGCUUCUACUGUGUGAGAAAACGUUCCGCAGGUUCACUGGACAGUGUUGGGUCUGUGUUUUCCUUUUGUUUUCAGUUACCUGGGACGUGAGAUUCAGCUGCUUUAAAUUUUCUGCCAUGCUGAAGGUUACCAUCAAAAUAUUUGUUUCCCGAUGUUGAAAGGAUCCCCUGUGGUCUUUUUGUCAUCCUAUGUCCACGUGUAGGAACACUUUGGAAGCAAAUUCAAUUCUAGAGCAGCCACUGCCGCCUUGAGACUUGUUUUAGCAGCUGCCUGUUUGCCUGUGCAUUCAGAUCCUGGUGUCUGUCUUAUCUGAGCAAUCGGUGAGCCGUUCGCAACACCAGGGCUCGGAGCUGAACUGUUACGGGGCAUAGUUCUGGCGCCUUCAGGUGUGUAGAGUGCGUUGGAGAUUUUUAUUUUUUAUAAAAGUAAAAAUAAGCUAACCUACAUUCAUUGAAAACAUUUAGGGGUUCGGACAGAAACGCAGUUACAAAUAUCAGCACAGUGAUUUACAUAAAACUAAACAUCUGUGGUGGUGUCCGUGUUCAAUUCCAAUCUUCACGUUUGUCAUAGGAAAGCUUUUAUGUUUUGUGUUUAGAUACUCAGAAAAUCUGUGCCGCCUCAGGAAAAAAAAAAUAGUUGAAACUGGGGGGAAAAAAGACUUAUGAUCACAUCUUUGUAAUGCUACCUUGUUGACAACAUAGUUUCUACUGUAAAUCAUAAGAGCCACCGCAGACACUAGACAUUAUAACGUGUACUGCUUGCUCUCUGUUGAAUUAUUACAGUGAAGAAGUCCAAAACAAAACUGAAACGAAGCUUUAUUGUAAAUCACUGACCCAUAUUUCAAACUGCCUGGUAUUGAACAAAUGGGAAUGUUAGAUUAGACAGUUGCACAAGCGCUUGCAUCUUUCUCAUUACGAGUUCUCGUCUCUUAACAGUGGCCACUGUUCCUCUUAUUCUGAUUUCCAAUACCGGUUUCAAACUGCCGGCACUUAGGUUCUACAGACGUGCCUACAUGUGAAUUGUCAGUGAUCCCAGCCACUGUCGUCUUAAUUUCCCUCCCUAAGCACCUUAAAGAUUCUUCUACCAGUUCAUUCCUCAUUAUUUCUAUUAAUGGACUUUUUUUUUUUAGACUGCGCAAAAAGAAAUCAUUUUAGCAUGCAUUCGUGCCUCUGCACCAGGAAAGGGAAAAUCUAUACAUUUUCAUGAAAGGAACAAAAUAUACUAUCACAAAGUUGAGCACAAACUCCCGCAUUCUGUCACGGGCUGUAAAAUGAUUAGGAUAGCUCAAAUACAAUCAGAACAAGCUCGCGUGUAGGAUACGUGUGGAAGUGAUGGUCCUGUUGCCUUGGUAGCUGUGGACAAGAGCAGAACUCCAGAGGAUGUAGACUGGGAAGGGUGGUAGUAGCAACCCACAGCUAAGAAUGGGGAGAUUUCUGGGGUGCUCGCUGACAUCUGUAUGAGAUUGCUCUCGGGGAAGUUCUUGGAGAAUGCAAAAAAAACCUCGAAUUAAAGGCUUAUCGGAUGAAGAGCAUGCGAUAUGACAAUGUGCAAUACAGAAAAUAGUUUUCUACCCAUGACAGAUAUUUAAAAAAACACCUAGUUUGGAAGUCUAGUCUAUAGUUAGUGUCUUUUGAAGAUAGUACAACGACCUAAUGCUGCUUUUUCUUCGUCUGUGGUUUGUUCUGAGGCCAGAGAGGGUCUGACUGAAGAGUGGGAGGUGAGGUGUGCUGGGGGUGGGGGUUGCUGCAUGCGCGAUGUUUGUGUGCCAAAAGGAAGAUAUUCUGCUCGCUCGCAGGCUGGCCCUGUGCUGGAUGGAAGGAGGUCGGAGAACGCCGACAACAAAAAAGCUCGACGGAGCCCUCCUGGGUCGCGAGAGCAGGAAUGGCUCUCAAAACCAAGGCAGCGAUUUCGAAUGUUUGUGUUGCGUUUGAUGCGGAAAAUGGAUGAGUCUUGAAAAUGGUAUUGGAUCUUGAAGGAUUAAGCAUCAAAUGCCAAGUCAAAUGUCUUUAAAUACCCGCUCUGCGGUGCCGGGUGAUUGAUAUUUUGUCCUUCCUGUACCUUCUUGCAGUCGCUUGGUGUGCAAGUCCUCGUUGUUGAGCUGAGGUCUCACUUUAGUGAGACUUCCUCAGUGUUGUGUAUUUUGUCACGUUUGACAAAGAGUUCCUGCAGGAUAUACUGUACACUCGGCAGCGCCAUGCCUUUGAAACAAAAGGCUGUUUCCAUUUGAAAGAUCACAUUGGCAGCUGACUGUACUAGAAGUCUGAAUAGAUCAUCGGAUGUGAUGUGUGGUAUCUUUGCAGUCCAUCUGGCUGGAAAACAAAACUGAAAUCUUAACAAAAAGGCUAGGAGCUACAAACUGAACGCCCAUGUGUGAUGUCCCACAUCGGGGGCAGCUGCGGCCAGAACAGAUCCAGUCAGUUGGGGAAAAAAAAACCCAAAAGGCUGAGCUGGGGCGAUUGCUCCGCGUGGGCACAUGAAAACGUGAGGGGAGACUAACGGGUGUGUUAAGGGGGAGAAAUCGGAUUACCGAUGAAAGGUGCUGGCGCCAGCAGGGAGACGUGGGCGCUCGCUGGGGGAGUGAGGGAGUCUUCCUCACUGGGCUGGCUUCGGCCCCCUUCACCUCGGCGUCUCUCUCCGUGCACAGGCAUCUCGCACGGGUGCCAGUUCGCGGAGCAUUAGACCAGCGUCCUCCACACAGCCAAACAUGCUUGAAGAAGUGAGUUUGUGAUUCUGACAUAAAUUAUGCUGAGCGUGUCUGAUUCUGAGAGGUGUCUUGGUUUUUUAAGUGCUGACUGACAAUCUUUUGACUAAAUGCUUUUUCUAGAUAUUAGACAACCUUUCUACUUGUGUCCUAUUUUUAUGGGAGGGUAUGACUUUUGUUACAUUAUUCCUCCAUGUAUAACACUAUAGUGUUACUUGUCAAGAUAUAUUUAUACACAGAUAUACAUAUUUUUGAAUAAUGUUUAUUCUGCUCUCAUUUACUGUUUGAAUUUCUAUUAACAUGUAUGUACCACCACCAGUAUAAACACAGAUAAACGGCAAAAACAUGUAUCUUUUUUACAUUUAUAUACGAAAUAAGUAUUGUACAAAUAUGCUUUGUCAUUUCAUCUGUAAAAAUAUAGCAAUGAAACCUACAGUAUUAUCAUUUUUUUUCAUUGUUUUGUAACGUGUUAAGUGGUAUAUAUUUCUCAGGAACUUAAUCCUAACACUGUUAUUUAUUAUUGUAAUUAUCUUUGCAUUUGAAAGCUUGUCUUGGCUUAGUGUAUCAGUACAGUAAACAUGCUACAUAAACUCUGAA